AUGCAAAUAUCUAAGUCUGUGUUACUAGCAGCAUUGGCUGCCACCCCAUCUUUGGUGAGUGCCAUGUUUCCCAUCCAUAUCAAGAACUAUAGGUUCAUCAAGCCAUCCUCUGCCACGAAUAGCGAGUCCGAUAACGAAAUUUUUUUCGUGAAAGGUGUCGAUUACCAGCCAGGUGGGUCCUCCGGUUAUGAUGCCGGUUCUGAUACAGACAUUCUCUCUGACCCCGAAAUCUGUGCCAGAGACGCCUACGCUUUCCAACAACUUGGGGUCAACACAGUAAGAAUUUACUCUUUGAACCCUGAUCUGAAUCAUGACAAGUGCAUGACCAUAUUCAAUGAUGCCGGCAUUUAUGCCAUUUUAGAUGUCAAUAGCGGAAAUUACGGUGAGAGUUUGAACCGUGCCGACCCAUCCGGUACCUAUGACUCGCUGUACCUGUCAAGAGUUUUCAAGUUCAUCGACGCUUUCAAGGACUAUCCUAACAUGCUAGGGUUCUUUUCCGGUAACGAAGUCAUUAAUGAUCAAAGUGACUAUGCAAAGAUUGAUCCUCCAUACAUUCGCGCCGUUCAAAGAGAUAUGAAACAGUAUAUUGCCAAACACGCAAACAGAAGCAUCCCAGUUGGGUAUUCCGCUGCUGACAAUACGGAUUUGAGAUUAGCCACUUUCAAAUAUCUACAAUGUAACUCCUUGGAUGGCAACAAAGUCAAUGACAAUUUAGACAUUUCUAGAUCCGAUUUUUUCGGUCUAAACACUUAUGAAUGGUGCUCCGGUAUUUCUGAUUGGCAAUCUUCUGGCUACGACAAGCUGAACUCGACUUUUGAAGAUGCUGUCAUCCCAUUAAUCUUUUCCGAAUACGGCUGUAAUACAAAAACUCCAAGAACUUUUGAUGAAGUCUCUGAAGGUUUGUAUGGUGGUUUGAAGGGUGUCUUCUCGGGUGGGUUAGUCUAUGAGUACACCGAAGAAGCUAACAAUUUCGGGUUGGUCAAGGUUGAUGAUAGUGGUUCUUUAACUUAUAAGGAUGACUUUGCCAACUUAGAAUCGCAACUGCAAAACAUCUCAUUACCAGCUACGAAGGAAAGCGAACUUUCUUCAGACUCCAUCUACAAGUGUGACAGUAGCGACAUCGCUAAAAUUUACUCUGGCUUUGGCACAAAUAAUUUUACAUUGCCUUCUCAACCGGCAGAGAUUGCUAACAUGAUUAAUUAUGGUGUUAAUGGUACCAAUACAGGUAAAAUUCUGACCGAUUAUGCUGUUCCAACUACGUUCAACUAUACAGUUAAAAACAAUAAAGGUGACACCGUCUCGGCUACUAUUUUCUACGAUAAAGCUAACGCAUUGAACAAAUUAGACGCCACAACUACAGCAGUUGCCAACGCAGUAUCCACAUCUCAAUCGUCUUCUCAUUCCGUUAAUUCAAGUUCUAGUGCAUCUUCAAGUGUCGGUUCUUCAACCUCAAGCAGCUCCAAAAGUAAAGGUGCUGCCAAUGUUGUCAAUGUUCCCAUUGAUCAAUCUGGGUACCUUGCAUUAUUUGCAGGUUUGAUCUCUGCUCUUUUGUAA